UGUUCGCUAGUAGCAGCAUAAUUGAUAGCAGUCGAAACGCCUAAUCAUCGGCGAACCUAGUUUGUCCCGGUAGAAAAUCGCUUUCCAGGUAGUGUGGAACUUAAAAUAACACUUACCAUUGCCGGCCCCCUUGGAGUUAGAUCUCGCCCGUCUGACUGCGCUGACUGGCUGGCUGGCACAAGACAACGUUAUCUAGCGGGCAAAUCAAUUGCAGCAACAGAGAACGACAGCGACAAAAAAAACCAAAGAUUUUACUAUCGUAAAACAAGAGAAACGAAGGUAAUAAUAAUGGCAGCACUUAAUCAAGCGCUCGUGUUGGCCCUCGAAAGCAAUCCAAAGGAAUCAUACGUGGUGGCCGCGGAAACACUGUUGCGCCUGCUGGACAACAUUAUACGCGAGCCGCAAAACGCCAAGUACCGGACAGUACGAAUAGAUAAUCCAUCGAUCCGGGAAAAACUACUGUCGGUGACUGGUAUGAAGCAGUUGAUGCUGGCGAUUGGGUUUAUCGAAUCGAACGGAACGCUCACAGUACCGUCGAACGUGCUGUUGGCAAAUCUGCGAAGGUAUCGAGAAUUUAUACACGAACGAAAAGAGCUGAUAAAAAAUCUUCCCAAAGAGAAGGAAAUUAACAUUUCGUGUACCACGAACAAUACAGCGCACAACAACAUUCCCGUGGAACAAACGGUUCCGGCAAGUAAACCGGAAAUGGUUCUGCAAGCUUCCGGAAGCAACAAUGUGGCGUCCAUUCAGCAACCGCCACAAACAGAAGCACCUGCUUGCCUGAUUAAAUCUAGUCGUCCAUUUCUGGCACGCAUCGAAUUCCCGAAGGUCGUUCAGGGUAAUAAUACGUUGUUGCGUCAUCUCGAGCUGCUUUCCGACCAGGUCAUGCAGUACGAGGACGAGCUACUUUUAGCCAGCGGGAAAAGUCUCAUUCCGAUCGACACACUAACGGCAAAGGCGAAAGGCAAGCUGGCCCAAUGGAAACGGUUGCUAGCGUCGAACGAACCUUCCACCCAAAAGGAACCGAGCGAAGAGGAUCUUCUGUUGGAAGAGCUAACAGCCUGGUUUCGGGCGGAUUUCUUUACCUGGGUCAAUGCGCUGCCCUGUACGGUGUGUGGCAAUGAGAAAACACAGCUGGUCCGCAGUACUGUCGAGGAUGGUGUGCGGGUGGAGAUUUAUCGGUGCUGCGGACAGUUACGUCACUUUUAUCGUUACAACAAUGUGGAAAAAUUGCUUCAAACGCGUCGUGGCCGUUGUGGCGAGUGGGCCAAUUGUUUUACAUUCCUGUGCCGAUGUCUGGGGUACGAUGCGAGGUACGUGUUUUCUACCGGUGACCACGUAUGGACGGAAGUGUGGUCGGAGCGCAGGCAACGCUGGAUCCACGUGGAUCCGUCUGAAAAUGUGCUGGAUGCACCGUUGAUGUACGAGCACGGCUGGAGGAAGGAAAUUACGUACGUGUUUGGAUUCUCGCGGGAUGAUGUGCAGGAUGUUAGCUGGCGCUAUUCGAACAAUCACAAGCAAUUGCUGCAGCGAAGAAAGGAAGGUGGUGCUUGCAGUGAGCAGGCGCUACUGGACGCGAUCUGCAAGCUAAGGACGAAAAGACGCGCCGGUUUAAACUGCACUCCGGAAAGGAUGAGCUAUUUACGGCAGCGUACGGUUGACGAGUGUUUGGAGCUGUUAGGGAAUGCUGGAAGGGUACCGACGGCCGCCGAACGGGAGGGUCGUAGCUCGGGCAGUCUGGAGUGGCGGUUACAGCGAGGCGAACAGCAGAUUAACACACGGUACAUGUUCAUUCCAACGGAGGAGGAAGUACAGGCAAAGCAGUUCAAUAUACGGUACUGCUGUGCAACGGAUUGCUAUGAGCGAUUUUUGAAAGGUGCCAGUAACCGGGUAAAUGAAAGGAUUACGGAAAAAUCAAACGGAUGGGAAAGUCGCCAGUACGUUAGUCGAAACAUCUUCCGGAAAGAGGAGCAUGACUGGAAGAUGGUUUAUCUCGCUAGAACUGAGGGAACCGAUGAAGCAACGAUCGAAUGGAACUUUGACUUCUCCGUACAAGGAUUACGGGUCAAACAAAUCGAGCUACGAUUUGGACAGGAAACGUACGAUGGAGCAAAGGUGGAGCUGUACUACAUCAAGAGUGAUGGUACCCAAUCGCAGGCACUCUCCUCGCUGUGUGAGUGUGGUAAGUUCACCCUGCAGGCACGGCUUUCCGGUGGCAAAUCCUGGCAGCAUGCGCAACUUUUUCGACAAUCCAAAUCCGCUACCGAUGAGUAUCCGUUCGAGAUGAACAUCGUUUUAAUGUAGGCAUAUUAAAGACUAUAUAGGACAGGUA